AUGGGUUUUGGCGACUUCGACUCGAUGUGCAAGCAGGCGGCGCUGCCGCUAUGCACAAUGGUCGGUAGCAAUGGUGUCAAGGGGACCAAAGGCAUACAACCUGCCUGCUACUCGCGCACCAUCGAGGUGGCCAACACGGUCAUCUUCCAGGGCGCUGCUGGCAUCGCCCACAUUUGCGCCCUGCUCAUGACUGUCAUUAUGAUCGUCCACGUUCGCAGCAAGUUUACUGCUGUCGGUAUGUUGCUCUCGUCAUCCUCAGACUACUCGCAGCUAACAUGUCCANNAGGUCGCAAGGAGAUCAUCAGUUUCUUCUGGGGCUACUUCUUGCUCACCAUCGUCUCGCUCCUCGUCGACUGCGGCGUUGUUCCUCCCGGCUCUGGCGCAUAUCCCUGGUUUGUCGCUGUGCAAUGCGGUCUCUCCUCUGCCACCUGCGUCUCUCUCAUGAUUGCUGGAUUCGUCGGCUUCCAAUUAUACGAAGAUGGUACCUUCCUCAGUGUCUGGCUGCUCAGAAUCUGCUCUGCCACCAUGUUCGCCAUCACUUUCAUCAUCAGCAUCUUGACCUUCCAAGGCUGGGCCGGUCUGGGUCCUGACAACACCGCCGGUCUCUUCGUCGUCCUUUACAUUUUCAGCGCCAUAUUCCUCGCCGUCUAUAUCGCCAUGCAAAUCCUGCUCGUUGUCGGAACACUCCAAGACAGAUGGCCGCUGGGUCACAUUGCCUUUGGCAUCUUCUUCUUCGUUGUCGGCCAGGUUCUGAUUUACGCAUUCGGCAAGUCUGUCUGCGAGGGCAUCGCCCACUACAUGGAUGGCCUCGUUUUUGCCACCGUCUGCAACCUCCUUGCAGUCAUGAUGAUCUACAAGUUCUCCGUUGGCGCUAGAGUCAACAACUGGGAUCUCAAGGCCCAACUCCUCAACGAAGAGGAGAAGAGAGCAAGCAUGAUGUACAUGGACACCGAGUACGACAGCAGUCUGUACCACCAAGCUCCUCGCCAACAGUCCAUAUACGGAAGCUCCAACGGCAACUAA